AUGGCUACGGUAGAGGAAAGGCAUCCGGAGCUCUUCCGGCCCGUGAGCACCGAGUCACCACGCGGGAAGAAGAGAACCGUGCCGAUGCAGGUCCUAUGCUUAGGCUUCCCCCGAACAGGCACAUCUUCAAUGUGCGCCGCAUUAGAGAAGCUUGGCAUCACCUGCUGGCAUUCAACCUGCUUCAUGUCGACCAACUUUGCCGACAUUGAAAUGUGGCAAGAGAUGGUCGACCGGAAGUUCUUCAGCGGCGGCAAGGGGAAGCCUGUCGGGCGAGAAGAGUUCGACCAGCUGCUCCACUCCUACGGCGCCGUGUCUUCGGACACACCGGCGGUCGCUUUCGCUGAGGAGCUGAUCGCGGCGUAUCCCGAGGCCAAGGUUGUGCUUGUUGAGAGGGAGAUCGAGAGCUGGUAUAAGAGCUACAUGCGCGGUAUCAUUGGAAACAUGUUUGACCCCUUCGUCCUCCUGGUGUACCAUCUCGAUCGAUUCUACGUCCAUCCCAUCGGGAAGAUCCACACGAGUGUUACGGCGGGAUGGCUGGAUAUCUGGAACAAGAAGGAUGGGGCUGAGAAGGCGCGUGCGAAAUACAGCCAGCAUUACGAUCUUAUCAGACGCGUUACGCCAAAGGAAAGGCUGUUGGAAUUUGACUUGGCCGAUGGUUGGGGUCCUCUUUGUGAGUUCCUGGGGAAGCCGAUCCCCGAAGAGCCUUUCCCGCAUCUAAAUGAGCAGGCAUGGCUGGACGAGAAGGUCAGGAUCAUAGCAGUGAACGGCCUGAAGUCGAUUGGUCGAAAAUUGGCUGUGGUUGCCGGUGCUUUGGCCGUUGCAGGUGUGGCUUGGUGGUGGUAUCAAUAG